GACCCCUCGGCCGACGAACUCUGUCGCGGUUUGCUGAGUCGACUCGGCAACGAGCCGGUGACAAAGAGCGACGACUGGGGGCAAAGCCCCUUGUUCUAUGCGGCUAGAGAGGGCCACACCCAGCUCUGCAAGUACCUCGUGGAGAAAUGUGCCAUGGGUGUCAACCAGGUCGACAGGUGGGGCGAGACGCCGCUUUUCUAUGCCAUGAAGUGGCAGCGGCUUGAGACGGCCAUCUACCUCCUGCAGUCCGGCGCGUCCAUGGGGAUCCUCAACAAAUUUGGGCAGUCGGCAGACAGACUCGCGACCGUCGAGGUGGCUCGGGAGCUGCAGUCGCGCAUGAAGGAGUGGGCCGAGCCGUUAGAGGCCCGGAUGAAGGAGUGGGCCGAGCCGUUGAAGGCUUCUUCUCCGGAGCCGUCGGGAGACUCAAAAAAGCGGAAGCGGCCAGAAGAGGAGGAGGUUGAGGAGCCAGGAUCAGCCGCAGAGGGGCCUCGAGCCCUGCAAGAAUGGGUGGCAAAGCCGGCGAAGUUGCCCAAGAAUGAGAGGACCCAGCUGCUCAGAGAAGAGCCGACAGUCGUUGCAGAGAACACCACGCACAAGGCAGAAGAGCCGGCAGUCCUCGCAGAAAAUACCACGCACAAGGUGACGCUGCUCACCGCCGACGCGCUGGAGGAGGUGCGGGAGCUGGAGAAGAUGCUCGUGGCCUACCAGGCCGCGCUCUUCCAGGGCCACCUCUUCGUCCAGUCCUGCAGAGCACUGGACUUCUGUUCGGCCUUCGGCGGGGCUAAGGAGAAGGACAGCGAGUUCUUCGAGGAGUAUUCCGUCAUCGUCGAGGAUGCUGGGCGCGGGGAGACCGGAUCGCUGGUCCUGGUGGCUCGGGAGGAGACCGGCCGAGUGGUGGGCUACUGUCGGGCAGAGAAGAGCGAUGGGGAGCUGGUCAUCCGCCACCUCCAGGUGGACAGCGACCAGCAGAAUAAAGGAGUAGGCAAGCUGCUGCUUCAGGCUGCGGAAACGCAGGUGCGCCAAGAUGAUCCGCAGGGCGAUGCAUGCCCCACCCGCUCCAGUCGAGCAAACGAUUAUGGAGCCAUACGUGCAGAGAGCCUUCGCGCCGUGGCACCGCAGGGACCGCUCAAGAGACACGUGAUUGCGUCACCUCUGGGUUACUACUCUCAAUCCGGUCAAGCCUUUUUCAUCUCAACAAGAGGGAUGCCUGGAUCUUUGUGCACUCGGGCUGCAGUGUAG